AUGCCUAUCCGCAACCCUUUCGCCCGUCGCCCUGGUAGUGUCGUUGUACAAGAUGAAAACCAGCGCCCUGACUCGGCCCCGGGUUUUGAGAAAGUCGACACUGUCGGUUCCAAAUCCACACCUGUUUUGAGUAUUCGAAGUGGUCAAGGUCGCGAUAACGGUGAAUACAAGAUGAGUGUUGUCAAUGAUAGUGGCGUCUAUCUUCCUCCAUCGCCCACUGAGGAGAAAGGUCAGUGGCCCCGAAAGUACCUCUCAACUCGCAACUCGACAGACACGCGAAGCAGCGUGGGCGAUAUCGAGCACUUUUCCAUCUCCAGGGAAUCUUUCGAUUCUUACCGUCGAUCAUUUGACAUUUCUGCGCGAUCACCCAUGCCCAACUGCGAUUUCCCCGCGCGUCAGAGUCUUGAUUCUGCCCGUCUUCCUCGUCUUCCCAGAUCUGCUGUUGAGCGAUCAUUCGAGCAGCCGCCAACCUAUGAGGAGCGCUUCGAAGAUGUUGGACUAGACGACCAUAAGCAGCAGCAGCAGCCACCAGUGCACCAAGUGCAGCCCCAGAAGCGCGGUUUCUUCUCGAAAUUCUCCGACUCUCGCGACAAAGACCCCUCAAGCAAUCCUUCCGUUUCUCGUUUUCUCAUGCAUGGUCGCAAGAGAGCUCAGAGUGGCCAGGGCUCGGAGCUCACCCCAAUGGACAACGGGCCGCCCAAGGUGACCGUGUCGUCAGAGGGACAGGAGAUGCACUGA